GAACCAGGCGCAGAGAGGGGCCAGUGUGCUGGUGCUAGACGGGACUGUCCUACUCCACGCCGGGAUAAAAGCCCUCUUUCAUUUGACAGUGUAUAUUUUGGAGAGAGCUCCAGCCGCUCAAAGGAAACCGCCGUGAAUAUGGAAACGCGUGCUGAAAGCUUUAAACAAUCGUCAGUAAAUUGAAAGGAAAUACGGAAUCACCAACGAUUCAUUUUUACCUCAAAAACUAUGUAGUUGAAGUGGCACGGUGUUCUAUACAGAGAUAACUUAUUGAAUAACGCUUGCCACGAAUCUGGCUGUAUAUUGAGACGCGGGGGAGACGCGCUGACCAGGCUGAGAUAUUCUGCACAGACGUUUUUGCUGGGAGAUAUUCAGGUCUUCAGAGUGCAUCCUUUACUCUGUUUUGAUGGCCACACGGCGCUAAAGGACACACACAUUCACCAGCUCUGGAAUUAAACUGGGUGGUAAUCUUUCUGUUUUGGAGAAGAAAACUAAAAAAGUAAAAUUGCAAUGCAGUGAGCUUUUUACGAUAUUCAUCAAGCAUCUAUUUACGUACCCGUAAUGUAAAGCACUGCUGCUUGCACUGGAUCACUGGACUUUGCGCGCGUUAUGCCACAAGAACGGAACCGUAACGCAGGUAGAGGGAACACGCACAGUUAAAAAGUGCGCGUGUGCGCACAAACUUGUACAGAUGUACGGCUUUUAAACGAACUCCGGGAAGUCCGACUGGAAGCAAAGAAACUCAAGCAACCUACAAGGAUAGAUAACAUCAAAUACCAGACAAAUGGAGUUACGCAAAUACCUGCUACUACUGAACUGUAUUAUGCUUCUCAAAGGUCUGUGUCAGUGCUUCAACAUUGAUGUGACGAGGCCACGGAUCUUCACUGGACCAGAGGACUCACAGUUUGGCUUCUCUGUGCUCCAGCACGAGGCGGAUGGGGAGAAAUCGAUGCUGGUGGGGGCUCCCUGGGAUGGAACGCCCGAUAACAAGAAAGGAGACAUCUACAAAUGCAUCAUGGGAGAUGACAGCGGCUCCAACUGCACCAAACUCAACCUGGGUGACACAGCUCUAGCGAAUGUAUCACGGAACCUUAAAAACUCUCACCUGGGCAUGACCCUCAGCCCAGGUGCACCUGACGGGCUCCUGGCUUGUGCGCCCUUGUGGUCUCAGGAAUGUGGUACGUCUAUGUUCAGCACUGGGAUCUGUGCCUCACUGUAUGAUGACCUGGAGCCCAAAGAGACCAUCGCACCCACUGCACAACGGUGCACCACAUAUAUGGACAUAGUUAUAGUUCUGGAUGGAUCAAACAGCAUUUACCCGUGGUUUGAAGUCCAGAACUUCCUCAGUAACAUCCUCAGCAAGUUUCAUAUCAGUCCAGAACAAAUGCAGGUGGGUGUCCUGCAGUAUGGAGAGAUAGCAGUGCAUGAGUGGUCCCUGAGUGACUAUCAGACGACACAGAAAGUAGUGGAGGCAGCCAAGAAUAUCAGCCGUCAGGAAGGGCGGGAGACUCGCACCGCAUAUGCCAUUCACAUGGGCUGCACGGAGGCGUUCAGUCCUGAGAGAGGAGCGAGAGAGGGCGCCACUAAAGUGAUGAUCGUGGUGACGGACGGAGAGUCACAUGAUGGGGAGGAGCUUCCUGAGGCACUGGCCGAGUGUGAACAACGCAACAUCACCAGAUACGCCAUCGCGGUUUUGGGUCAUUACAUCCGUAGACAGCAGGACCCAGAGACCUUCAUCAAUGAGAUAAAGUACAUAGCCAGUAACCCGGAUGAGAAGUAUUUCUUUAACGUGACAGAUGAGGCAGCCCUGAAUGACAUCGUGGAUGCACUGGGCGACCGCAUCUUCAGUCUGGAAGGUACUCUGGGAUACAAUCAAAGCUCCUUUGAGAUGGAGAUGUCUCAGAUCGGCUUCUCCACGCACGCCCUUGACGACGGGAUCCUGUUUGGGAUCGUGGGGGCGUAUGACUGGGAAGGGGGGGUGCUGAAGGAGAGCAAGGAGGGCAGUAUCAUCCCCCCCAGGGAGGCCUUUGAGAGCGAGUUCCCCCUGGAGCUCAAGAACCACGCCGCCUACCUGGGCUACACCGUGUCCUCUGUGAUAGUUGGUGAUUGGAGGAGGCUUUAUAUAGCCGGGGCGCCCCGCUUCAAACAUAAGGGCAAGGUCAUCCUGUUUGAACUCAGCGCUGAAGGUGACGUCGACAUCUCUCAGGCCCUCAACGGGGAACAGAUCGGGUCGUACUACGGCAGCGAGGUGUGUGGUGUGGACGUGGACCAUGACGGCAUCACAGACGUCCUGCUGGUUGCGGCGCCCAUGUUCUUGGGCGCAGGGAACCGCGAGGCGGGGAAGGUCUACGUGUACAGUCUGGACGGGGAUGGCUUUGCUCCUAACGGGACGCUGCAGUCUCAGCAGAAGGCCCAAGAUGCCCGUUUCGGUUACGCCAUGGCUUCUGUGCCCGACCUCAACCACGACGGCUACGCAGACGUGCUGGUGGGAGCGCCACUGGAGGACGACCACCAGGGGGCACUCUACGUUUACCAUGGCGAUGAGUUCUACAUCAUCCCCCAGUACAAACAGCGUAUCGCGGGCUCCCUCAUGUCUCCAGGGCUGAAGUAUUUCGGUCGGAGUGUGAGCGCUCAGAUGGACCUGGAUGGAGACAACCUGCUGGACCUGGCUGUAGGAGCACAGGGCAGUGCUAUACUACUCAGCUCACGGAACAUUGUUCAGAUCAACGUGACUCUGACCUUCCAGCCUCACUCCAUCAACGUCAUCCAGAAGAACUGUCAGCGGGGCGGCCGCGAGUCUGCCUGCCUCAACGCCUCCGCCUGCUUCCUGGCCCUCUCACGCCUGCCCAGGGCUUCUGGAAACUACUUUGAACUACAUGUUGGGGCCAUGUUGGACGACAGGAAGUUGUCGGCACGGGCGCUCUUCGACAACAACUCCCAGCGCCAGACCAGCAUUGGUGUUCGCAUCCGGGUCGGCAUCCCCACAUGCCACCCCCUUCCCUUCCACGUGUUUGACACCGCUGAUUACAUCCGACCAAUCAGCUUCACACUCCGCUACAAGAUCAAUGACACGGAAGGAGCCCCUGUGCUGGAUGAGGGCUGGCCAACUACCGUCAAGAAGUCUAUCACUUUCUUUAAGGACUGCGGCGAGGAUGAUGUGUGUGUGACAGACCUAGUGCUGCAGGCCCACAUGGACAUCUCAGGAACAAGGCAGCAGCCAUAUGUGAUCCGGAGCCCUCGUAGGAAGCUGGCCGUGGAGGUGCAGCUAAACAACCUCCAGGAGAACGCCUACAACACCAGCCUGACGCUGCAGUACUCCAAGAACCUGCACUUUUCCAGUCUCAGCAUACGGGAGGAUGCCCAUAUAAAGAUCGAGUGCACAUCUCUCGGCUCCAACUCCCACUCCUGUAAUGUGAGCUACCCAGUGUUCCGCUCACACUCCAAGGUGAACUUCAUGCUGGAGUUUGAGUUCAGCUGCACGUCUCUCAUCAGCAAAGUUCAGAUGAAACUCACGGCAUCCAGUGACAGUUUGGAGAGUGAGGACACACUGGGAGAUAACAGCGUCCAGCUGCAGACAAUAGUGCAGUAUGAGCCAGACCUCUUCAUUUCCAGUGAGUCUAACCUGAAUCGGUAUGAGGUACAUCCCACUCGGACUGUCUCCGAGGCGAUGGGACCGGAGUUCUACACUUACUUCAGGGUGCAGAACCUGGGCUGUUAUGCCGUCAGUAACAUGGAGUUGAGGAUCAGCCUGCCUGCAGUGGCUGCAGGUGAUAGGAGCUUCAUGUACGUGGCAGAGGCCUUCUCACACAACACGACAGGUGUAAACUGCAGCGUCAGGAGUGAUCUCCCUCAGCUGAAGGACAGACAGAGGGACGUGUGGCCACUGCACCCAGAGGACAUGCUCAAAACUGACCUGCUGAACUGCACAAGGUCAUGGUGUGUGGAGGUGACAUGCCAGAUACAGCAGCUGCUCAAAUCCCAGUCUGCACUCAUACGCCUCACCAGGAGAGUUAAUGACAACUUCUUCAGACAGGCAAAGUUUAAAUCAGUGCGGAUUGUGGGCUCAUAUACACUGGCUGUGAAGGAGUCCAACCUGAUAACGCUGGGCAAUGCUGCCAUCUGGAGGGAGACAGUAUUGGAGAUUCUGAAGGGCCGCUCCAUCCCCAUCUCUCUGUGGAUUCUGAUUGGCAGCAUUAUUGGAGGCCUGCUGCUCCUUGCCCUCAUCAUCUUCAUCCUGUGGAAGUUGGGUUUCUUCGCACGAAAGCAGAGGAAGGAUUCAGACGAGGACAAAGAUGACUGAGCCCCGGCGUCAUGGCAACAUCCUUAAAACAUCGCCUCCAUGACGACAGGACAACUGCUUCCUCCUGCCAGGCUGGCAGCUCCUCCCACCUCAACCACUACCUACACACCCAAACCCCUCUCAUUUACAUUCACUCAUUUGGUUAGACGCUUUUAUCCAAAGCAACUUACGAGUGAAAAAACAACCCUCAAGCUACAAUGGGAGACCUUGGAGUAAGCACUAAGUACCAAAUCUAUUCAAAGUGAAAAGAGAUUGGGUGAAGAAGUGCUCAGUAAGCGCGUGCUAGGCAUGUUAGGGUGUUAGGAGAGGAGGUGUUCCUGGAGCAUAAGGCCCUCUCCCCAGCAGCGUGGGCAUGUACCCCCUCACACACCUGCUCCUUGCAUGGCUACCCCAGGGCCAGCCCUCCCACUCCCGCCCCCCCCCUCUCCAGCACUGACUGCAGGGGCACAGGGAGCACAACCAGCCGGCACACACGCGUGCACACACACUACUCCUGUUUCUAUCAGGAGGGCGGUGGUUGGGCUACACACACACACACACACACACACACACACACACACACACACACACACACACACACAGGCCUUUGUAACAUAGAAGUAAUCCUGUAUCAUUACAAUCAUGUGCAUUUAUUUAAACUUCAGUUUCGUAACAGGUUUUCACUUUGCAUUAUUUUGCAGUUUUGUAAAUUGUUUUCAAGUCUAAUUUUUAAAACUGUUGAUCAAUAAAGGUAUUUUGUAA